UAAAAACUUUAUAGCUAAAAGGAACAAAACUGUUAAUGAAACAAACUAAACUAACCUGAAAUGCACAACUAAUUUACAAUUAAUAUUGAAUUAACAACUCAUUUCAAAAGGCUUAACUAUAAUAACCCUGCGUUCAUCUACUGUCCAAUCAAAAUACUGUAAAGGAAAAAGAGUAAACACUGAAUAAAGUGACAGAACAAUAUUUCAGUGAACUCCACUUAACAUUCCAGUACAGUGUGUCUUGUUUCCACCGUUAGAUGGAGCUGCAGGGCCUCAGAUUAUACACACACACACACACACACACACACACCUGCCCCUCACCUGAUCAGAGCAGCUGUUUGUCUCCUCCCACUAGCCAAUGAAUAUACCUGCUCAAAAAAACAAUGUCACUUCCUGUUUGAACUCUCUGCACUCUCUGCUUAAGGCCUGAAAGUGUUUGUGUGUGUGUGUGUGUAUUUUGAAAAUGUAAAAAUCCAGUAUGUUCCCUGUGUCUGUUGAUUUUAGUGAAUAGUAUAUAUAGUUUGCUUAGUAUUGAAAUCAUGAUAUCUAAGAGAAGUCCCCAAAAGGAUAGUAAACCAAACAUGUGUGUGAGUGUGUAGCGGAGAGCGAGAACAGGUAGAAGAGGUGUAGAGGGGGUGGGGAAGAUCAGAAAACGCCCAAGAGAAUCUCCCAGAACAGGCUCAGAGAGAGGACGGCAGCUCAAACUUGUUUAUACUCCCUCGCCAGCUCCGCCCUAGUAACCUGUCAGGGAGGAGUGAACGUAGAGGUGUGUGUGAGGCAAGUUUAUUUGAGUAUUCCUGCUAUGAGAAAAGGACAGUGAAGUCAGCCGGAGCCGGCGCUGUUAAGAGCAUGAGAUCUGAAAGGGAAGAGGGCAGACCAGUGUUGCUGAGGGAGGAGGUGGCGCAGUUACAGGAGGAGGUGCAUCUCCUGCGGCAGAUGAAGGACAUGUUGAGUAAAGAUCUGGAGGAUUCUCACGGCGGCUGUUCGGCCGAUACGCUCUCCGCCGCUGAGCUCAAGGUGCAGCUGGGGGAGAAGGAGCAGGAGCUGGAACGUGCCAAGGAGGCCUUACAAGCUAUGAAGGGUGACCGGAAGCGGUUGAAGGCAGAGAAAGCAGACCUGGUAAACCAGAUGCAGCAGCUUUAUACCACACUGGAAAGCAGAGAAGAGCAGCUCAGAGACUUUAUCAGAAACUAUGACCAGCACAGAAAGGAGAGCGAGGACGCGGUGAAGGCUCUGGCUAAAGAGAAGGACAUGCUGGAGCGAGAAAAAUGGGACCUGCGCCGGCAGACCAAAGAGGCCACAGAACAGGCCACUGUCCUGCGCUCACAGAUCGACAUGAAGGAGAACAGAGUCAAAGAGCUGGAGGCCGAGCUCACUAUGGCGAAGCAGUCUCUGGCCACCCUCACUAAAGACGUGCCAAAGCGUCACUCUCUGGCAAUGCCAUCAGAGCCAGUGGUCAACGGCAGUCAGGAGUGGGUGAUGCAGGCAGACCUUCCUCUCACUGCAGCCAUCAGACAGAGCCAACAGACCCUGUACCACUCGCAUCCCGCAGACAGGCAAGCUGCUUUGAGGAUCAGCCCCUGUCACUCGCGUCAGCCCUCCAUCAUCUCGGACGCUUCGGCUGCUGACGGCGACCGCUCGUCCACCCCGAGCGACAUCAACUCGCCCCGCCACAGGACUCACUCUCUCUGCAAUUCCAUGGAGGACCUCGAGGACCAGAAGCGUAAGAAGAAGAAGGAGAAGAUGAGUCUCGGCUCACUUUCUCGAGUGUUUGCCCGGGGAAAAUCUCAGCGCAAGUCCUUGGAUCCGGGCCUGUUUGAUGACUCAGACAGCGUCUCCAGUCAGACACAGCCCAGCCUAUCGGACGGCGAGGAUCAGCUGGAGCGACUGCAGCAGGCAGAGCUGACGCGCAGCAGGCCCAUGUCUCUGUGGAGAGCCGGCACUGUGCAGGCCUGGCUGGAGGUGGUCAUGGCCAUGCCAAUGUACAUGCGCGCCUGCUCUGACAAUGUUAAGAGCGGAAAGGUGCUGCUGGGAUUGAGCGAUGAGGAUCUGGAGCUGGGUUUGGGCAUUAACAGUCCUAUGCACCGCAGGAAGCUCAGACUCGCCAUUGAGGACUACAGAGAAGCAGAGAAUGGACGAGGCCUGUCUAAAGCUGCAGAUAUGGACCAUCACUGGGUGUCUAAGAGCUGGCUGAGUGACGUCGGGCUGCCGCAGUAUUCACAGGUCUUUCACAACCAGCUGGUGGAUGGCAGAGUUUUGAACUCCAUCACACGCAGAGACCUGGAGACCGUCUUCAACAUCACCAACAAGUUCCAUGUCACCAGCAUCCUGUCAGCCAUCCAGCUUCUGCAAAUGCUCAAUUUCGACAAAGAGUCUAUACAGGCACGUCGCACUCAAUGCGAGAAUCGAGAUCUGGAUCCGGUGGUCUGGACCAGCCAUCGCGUCAUUAAAUGGAUCAGGGAUAUUGAUCUUAAGGAGUAUGCUGAUAACCUUCAGAACAGUGGCAUCCAUGGUGCUGUGAUGGUUCUGGAUCCCACCUUCAGUGCAGACAGCAUGGCUAAAGCUCUCGACAUCCCCAACAACAAACACAUGAUCCACCGUCAUCUGUACGAGGAAAUGAAAGUGCUUCUCAAUCCAGCAAGAACUAAUCAGGCUCAGGAUUACAGAAAAGAGGGCACUCCAACACAUUCUCCUUCGUCAAACUGCCGUAAAACCGAGGAGGGAUUUUCUCCCAGGAAAAAUGUUGGCAAGAGCCCUUUGAGAUUCAAUCCUCUGGUGGCUGUUAGCAGAGAGUUGUCGUUUCAGGGCGGUUGUGGAUCUCCACCCAGAGAAGAGCGCAUCAAGAUCCUGCAAAGGACCAAGGGCAGCCCCAUGCAUGGCUACUCCAGCAUAGAGAUCACUAAUGUCUGAGUAAUCAGCCUCUAAACGGACCAAAUGAGCUCAAUUAUUUGUAAAAGAGAUUUAAAAAUUGACCGUUUGCACUUUAGUGAAUUUUAUAUUGGCAACCAACCAUAAUUAAGCACUUAAUAAAAAAUUUUGUAGACAUGCUGCGUUAAAAAAGCUAAUAUUUUGUUACUAAUAUAAUACUUAGAUAACCUUAUUCCUGUAAAUUCCAGUCAGAACUGUAGGUAUGCAGCUGAAAUCAGUACCACAUGUUCAGACGUUCAUUCCCUCCAUUAAGGCCAUCACAAACACUGUGCUUGUGUAACCCUCAUAAUGCAUUCAGUCAGUUUGAAACUGAAGAGUCGUUUUAUUAUAGUCAUAAUUUUAUAUUUUUGACCUUUGUAUAUCUGUUAAAGAAAUAUCAUUAUUGAGUGGAUGUAAUAAAGACGUUAUUAUUAGUAGUAUUACUGUAUUUACACCUUUUUGUUAUCUGACAAAAUUUAUACAUUUUUUAAAAUUGAAAUUACAUACAAACCGAAAUACCCCAAAACAUAAUGCUUAAAAAAUAUGAAUGCAUCUGCAAACUCUUAAACAUUUUUUCGCAUUUUUGGGGGGACAACUUUAGGGUGUAGUAGGUGAUUGAAAGGUGCUGGUUGAAAGCCUCUUCACAUUCCGAUAGUAAUGGUUAAAAUAAAUGAUCUAAUUGUGUUUAUAUGUAUUUUUAUAUUCUGGGUAAGCCAUAAGACAAAAAAAAAAGUUAAAUAGUCCAGUUAAAUAGUGUCGGGCUGACAUCUCCCAUAAUUCUGAUAAGUAGCGCAAACUGUCUGUCAGCAAAUGUAGAUCUGAACAUCUGCAACCGUUCACGCAGAUCCGCAAUUUGUGCACUUGAUCUCCUGGUGGAAGAUUGAUGUGACUAUUUUCAGUUUCAUAAGUUAUUUUUAUUUAGUUUAACAACAAAGCAUCGGUAAAUAGCGCUAU